CUGGCGGAGUGUCAGGUGUUGGAGGCCACUCGGGUCCCCACCUGACAGUAAACAUCGUGUCCGGUUCCUCACUGUCACUGCCACCACCUCAACUCUCAACUCUGGCUCGUGAUUUCACUCCCUCUACCCCUUCUCUAUCACGAAUCCAUACCCAAUAGGGAUAACUAUUGGCUGAAGUAACUUCUCAGCACAAUUAUCCAGCAAUCUCCAGGAAUCGACAUGUCUAAGUCACAGUCACUCAUCCCCAGCAAACUAGCCCUAGACUCGACGGUCACAAGAAAACUAGAAACUUAUCUGGUACAGAUUGACAAAAAAGUGAUACGUAAGAAAACUUUGACAAACUUACAUUUGACAAGCACUCUACCAAGACAAAAUUAUAUCCAUAUGUGAGGUUGGAGCAUGCAGCUAUGUGAGGUCGAAGCAUGCAACACUGAGGUCAUAACACAAACGGUGAUGUUGGAGCAUCCAGCACUGUGAGGUUUGAGCGUGCACUAUGAGGUUGAUAUACACAUCACAGCAAAAUGCCUCAUAUAACAAUACUUCCACAAAAUGCAGAUCUCGCCUUAGCAUUUACAAUACCACAGUGCUACGGCUGCGAAGCAGGAUGCUCAAGAGGAAGUUUCAUGUACUACCACUGCCCAAUAUGCCCAUCAUCCAUAUUUCAGCCCACCACACGAGUACAAGUGAUGCAACAUCUUCAAAACCACUUUUAUGGCAAGCAUCAUGGCAAUGUCCAUGCUAAAGGUUAUAUGAUAACUAAAUGUCAGCAAGACUGUUUCCAAAAUCGCAACAUGAAGAGGGUAGGUCACUAUCAUUGUCCUCAUUGUGAGAAGAUGUUUUCACGUGCUGAUUCCAUCAGAAUACACAUUGAGAAAUGUAAUGCAUCAGGAAAUGAUAAGUCCUUAAAGAAAACAUCUGUGAAGUGUCCAGAGUGCCAAAAGCUGUAUGCUAAAAACUAUUUAAAAGAACACAUACGUCAAAUCCACCGGCCAAGAGAUGCUUCUUUAACUGCACAAAAACAUCUCUAUGCAGUUUCUAUUGACGGGAGAGGGAUAUAUGCAGUGUCCAAGACCUUCAAGGGACCCCAACACCCAAUACAUGUGAAGAGGGUCCCGGGGAGCCACCAUCCGGGAUAUUGUGAGGUUGGAGGCUGCAAUGAUAUAUUCCAGACACAACGCCGAAAUGGAAAUGAUUUCUACGAAUGUGAUCACUUGAUGGCCACAUAUUUUUGUGUGGCAGGUGUCAUUUGUGAUAUGUCCCUUGAAAAACUAGCUAACAUGUUAAGUGAUGGGUAUAUAUCUUCAACAAAUCAUAACAUGUGUAAAGCUAGUUAUGAAGAAGCCCUAAAAAAUAGCCAGAUAUUUGUGGUGAGCAUACCACAGAGAGCACGUAUGAGUAAGAGAUACCAGUUCUGGAGUGUGUACACAGGUACGAAGCUGUGGUGGUGCAAGUUCCAACGCACCAUUGUCACUCUAGAUUGUAAUACUUCAGCUAUAUGGUGUCGCUGUAAGCAUAGAAGCUGUUGGCACAGAAGCGUUGUAAGAUGGUGGUUGUAUCAGACAUCUGGUGCAUCGCAUUUAACCGAGACUAACAUUGAACAAGACAUUGUAGAUUCAGAAAUUAUGGAUCCAGAGGAGACACAUCCAGAGGACACAGACCCAGAAAAUGCAGAGCCAGAUGAUGCAGAUCCUGAGGACACAGAUCCAGAGGAUGCAGAUCCAGAGGACACAUAUCCAGAGGACACAGAUCCAGAGGAUGCACAUCCAGAGGACACAGAUCUAGAACACACCAGUAAAGAAGAGUCAUCUGAUGAAUGCAUUGAUAGAAAAAUUCAAUACAUGAAUAGCAUGAAGACUAUUCCAUGUGGCAUAUCAUUUCCAAAAUUCUCAGUGGAGAAAUGCCCCCAAAAACUUAUACCAAGUGAGACAACUUGCCACUUCUGUCAUUCUACCCUUGGGAGUCCUCAGCUUGUCUCAAGAAAAGCCACAGUAGUGGACAAUUUAAACCCCCCAUGCAAACAGUUUGAGACCUUCUGCAAGAUGUGCCCAACCUGCCACAUGAAAUAUCGAUAUGCUGAGAUUGAAGACGGCAUUUUCAACUUCAACGACAGUCUGCUUGUGACCUAUUCCUUGAUGGUUAACAUCCGAGCUCUUCUGUUGAAUCACACCUCCAUUAGUCGGACUCUAUCUGCAAUAGAAUACACCUAUGACAUCACUGUGAACCACCAGGAGCUUGAAAAUGCAUACUUGGCAUUUGAGGCAUUGUGUGACCACAACUAUGAGUUCACUUGUUUUCGAUGUGGCCAUCAUCCAAAAUUAUUGAUACAUGGUCUUACUGAGAAAGCAACCUUUAGCUAUCCAGUAAAUAACAUUCAACUCCCAAACUCUCCUGCUCCAGAAAUUGACAUCAAUAAGUUUUGGGAUAAAAUAAAUAAAGAACUGGUGGCUCGUUGUUUCCUUAAGAAAGGAAUGAGAAAUCCAUAUAAGCUUCAUCCAAGCUAUAAUGAAUGGGCUCCCUACAUUGGUCCAUACACCAGAAAGUCUGAUUUGGUUCAUAACACGGAAUAUGAGAAGGUGAACAAUGAUAGCGAGUACCUUGCACCUGUCGCAGAGGACGUCACCCACCACUCCUACAGAAGAAAUGGUGGUUGGGUGUUUUCAAGUUGCCCUCAUAAUGUUACAUAUGCGCUGAAGUGCCUGCUGAAACCAGAGUCCCCGAGUGACUACGUCGAUAUCUUAGCCUCGCUCAAACACGUCCCAACUGUCAAUUUAGCCAACAAAGCCAGUAACAUUGCCAAGGUGGCAGACAAGCUUGUUCCAGGCAUCUUUGGGCCACAUGAAGGAAGACUAUCUAUGGCUACAUACGACAAUAUGAAGGCAGCUCAAGAUGGGUCGCUAGAGGUACACUUGCACUUCAUGAGUGAUGACCGUCCAAAACAAACAUCUAAUCCAGAUGAGCAUCCUAUCACAGGAACGAGCAUGCGUUUCAUGCUCUUCGAUUCAUUUCACCAAGAGAACUCUAAGGCACCAGAAGAGGUCUUGAGGAGGUGUUCCCUUGUGCCAGAAAUCCGAGCAUUUGUAAAUACACAGGCAGCUAAGCAGAUAAGCCGCAUGACAUCUUUAGAUGCUUACUGGUUAAAUGAACUUGGCCCCAGUCACCAUAUGUUUGCAUUUCGCUUGAUUACACAUCUCAGAAACCAAACCAUUAAUGAGAUAGCACGGAAAAAACAGUCAGCAGUGUUUCAUACUGUUAAGCGGAAUACAAUGGGUCAGUUUGUUGAUGGAUCCAACACCAGUUUAGUACACGUUCCAGAGUAAAUAAACCUUGCAACUAUGAUUUAUACUAAUGUUGAGGCAUAUCCUACAUCAUCAAAUAGUCUUGCUGGAAUCAUUGCAAGUAUCAGUCCAGCCAGUACCUCUGGCUUCAACCUGUUUGAAAGAACAUAUACGAGCUAGCAAGUCAGAAGAGAUGUUUCAUGCUGUAUGCUUAUCUCUACCCAGUAAGACUGAAGAUGAACCCCAUUGAACCUAAGACUGGAGGCCUAUGACCUAGAGUACAAAAAUAGGCAUUGUUGAAUAGUACUGAUGAUAUCAUGAGCAAAAUAGACACUCGAUGUCACAGUACUUCACAAUGUGAAUUAAACACAGAAAUCACAAUGGCGUGAUGCAUCAAAUGAACAAAUCCACAAGGGCCGUGAGGAUUAAGUCGAUUAUGAUUUCGAGGCAGCGUCAGCGAUACUCUUGGAUGUAGGUUCGAACCCUCGUCACGGCCCUUGUUGAUUUGUUCAAUGUGAAUUAAAUGCUAUUUCUAAUGGUUUGGGCUCUGUGUUACUUGUCUGAAAAUAUAGAAUUACAAGAAACAAUCUACAAACCCCUCAAAAUUACACAUGAAAACUGAAUUUCAAUAGUUUUGUAUUUACAAGUCCAUUAUGAUGCCUUGUUAAAAAUAGACUCCACCCCUGUAGCAAUACCAAAUUUUGCAGGAGAGAAUGUUCUCACCCAAAACAAAUAUGAAACUGAAACAAUAGCAAAAAAAAACAAAGUUUUUUGUUUUGUUUUCAAGAUAUUGACCUGUUCAAUUUUCAGAUCUUACACCAUAAGAAAGGCAGAAGUGAAUUUCAAAUUAGCUAGUUUAUACUGAUGAUGUGGAAAGAACCUUGCAAGGUCAUCUUCUUAAAGAAGAAUUAGUUGAAGUCAGACCUGAAUGUGUAUCAUGAAGAACAUCAGAAUGGUGUGUAAAUAUGAAGGAAGUAAAAGGACCAUUUAGCAGCCAUAUUUGGCAGCAGUUCUGAACAUAUUGGAACUUAAAAAUAAGUGGGCUUACACUACACAUGUAAUACAGUAUUUGGAAAGAAUAAUUUACCAUGAUGUGGAAUUUAUGGCUUGAGUGGGCACAUUUACUGUGCACAGUUAUGAUGACAUCCAAAACAGGAAUCAUUGUUACUGACCCUGUCACUGAAGGAAACUUGGUGAAAUAUGUAGCCACUUGUGCUGCUCCUCUGCACACUUGACAGUUUGUCUCUUGCCAUCGUCCACCAUUUGCACCUGACACUUUCACGAUGUCUUGGUUUACAGUUCCACCUCACUUGGUUGUUAUCCAACUGGUAGUAUUUUUAUUUGUUUCCACAUGAUUUGUUGUGCUUUGCUGCCAACUCAUCCUUCCAUCCUUCACUAACCAAGGUCAAUGAGUCAAGGAGUUCUACCUCCAACGCUUAAUGAAACCCUGAUUGAGCUUCAUUGGAAACCUCAGGAGCCCUAGAGGAUACAGUUGAAUCCAAGGUUGCAUUGCUAUUGAUCAUGUCGUGGUGUGGUGGUCUAGGGCACGUGCUUGGGAGUACCAAGUGUAUAUUAGGGACACGAAUAUAUUUGAGCAUUCCGAUGUUCCAUACAUUUUAUUACAUAAUUUUAUCGAAUGACACACUAUUGAAUAAUAUUACUGCAAAAGAAAAACAGAUAGCAAAUCAGAAACAUUGAAAUGAAUAUGUAAAAAUAUGUUCACAACAACUCCUGGCCCAGAGUGACCACUAUGGGGCAGUGGGUCCAUGAAUGCUUGUCAUGAAGGCAUCGCGAGAGUUCCUAGCUUCACCAUGCCUAAAGUAAUCUACAUAUUUUUUAUUGUGUAUGAUCAUUUUGUCAAUAUUAGAAAGAACCAAAUUUUUAGGAAGUUUUUUCUUGUGCACAGCGGUGUUGUCAGGUAUAAAAGAGAUGCAGGGCAGGAGUUGAAAGGUGAGUAGUUUGCUGUUUUCCUGUUACUUUUAUGUUUCUUCACAAUGCUUCAGUAAUCCAUUUCUAAUUGUUAUUUCAUCAAUGACACACUGUGUGUGCCAGGAACAUAUGAGAUACUCUCUGAGUAAGCUUAUUUCUGUAAUUACCAAAGUGUAGUUACAGGAUGAGAGCUGUGCUCAUGGUUUCCUUUCUUCCCAGCACUCUGUCAUAUAAUGCCUUGUAACUACUGACCGUUUUGGUCUCCACCACCUCACUUAACUUAUUCCAAAUGUCUACCACUCUGUUUGCAAGAGUAAACGUUCUUAUAUUUGUUUGGCAGCUUUGUUUAGUCAGUUUAAAUCUAUGACAAUUUGUUCUUGAAGUUUCAUGUCUCAGGAAUUCUUCCCUAUCAGUUUUAUUGAUUCCCGUUAUUAUUUUGUACAUAGUGAUAAUUUUGGCUCUUUUCGUCUAUAUUCUAGUUUGACAUAUUUAAUGCCUCUAACCUCUCCUUGUAGCUCUUGUCCUUCAGUUCCAGGAGCCAUUUAGUUGCAUGUCUUUGCACCUUUUCCAGUUUGUUGAUAUGCUUCUUAAGAUGUGGGCACCAUACAAUUGCUGCACAUUCCAACUUUGGUCUAACAAAGGUCAUGACCAAUUUCUUUAGUAAUUGUUCACUUACUACAUCUCUGGCAUUACGUGAUCGCUUUGUCCUGGGUUCGUAUCCUGGCCCGGGGAGGAUUUACUGGGCACCAAUCCUUAACUGUAGCCUCUGUUUACCUAACAGUAAAAUGGGUACUUGGUUGUUAAACGCUUUGGCGAGGUCGUAUUCCGAGGAACAUAGGAUUAAGGACUUGCCCGAAAUGCUAUGCAUGCUAGUGGUUGUGCAAGAAUGUAAGAUCUCCUGUAUAUAUAUAUAUAAAUAAAUAUAAAAUAAAUAAAUAGUAUUUCACCAUCCAUGUACUGUAUUUAAAAGCAAUUCUGAAAUUGGAAAGUGUAGCAUAGAUUCCUCGCGUGAUGUUCUUUAUGUUGUCCUCUAGGUGAUAGUUUUCUAUCUAGUCCCGUGUGUGGGCGAGCCUUCUGGACACAGAUUGGUCUCAUCCUUCUUCAUCUGACACACAGCCACCGACUUUCGACCUCAUAUAUUGAAGUCAUGGUCAUCUUCGACUACAAAGGACGAACAUUAUCGUUGUACUGUAAUUAAAUCACUACCUUUGUCUCUUAUAAAUUUCAGGCAGAUUAAUAUUGUUUGUAACUAGUUUACCAGUAUAUUUUAUAGAAAGCCAAGUAAACUAACUAAUUAU